AUGUCUGUUACUCUUCAUACCACUCACGGCGACGUGAAAGUCGAGCUCUUUUGUGAGGCAGUACCGAAGACAGCAGAGAAUUUCCUAGCACUCUGCGCUUGCGGCGCAUACAACGACACCCCCUUCCACCGUCUAAUGCCGGGCUUCAUGGUCCAAGGUGGUGAUAUUUCCCUUGGUCCAGCAGCAUCUAGCACUUCGGCAUCCACAAAACCUAUGUUCCCCUUCGAUGAUAUCCCGAAAGGAGGCACUUCAAUCUAUCACCCCGCCGCCCUAGACCAGGAAAUCCAUCUCCCGGCUCUCCGACACAACACGCGCGGAAUCCUCUCUAUGGCGUCACGACCUGUUAAAGACCGCACGGCUCCUGGGUCCCAGGGCGCGACUGGUACGACAAUCAAUGGAAGCCAGUUCUUCAUUACAUUCGCCGCGGCGCCGCAUUUAGAUGGUGCUAGCACUGUAUUCGGAAAGGUGUUAAACUUGACGGCGCAGGACGAGGGUGGCGAUGUGUUGAGUUUAUUAGAAAAGGCAAAUGUGAAGGUGGACAAAAAGGGAAGGGUUGUUCAACCGAAAGAGGGUGAGACGGAACAUGAGGCGUUACGGAUCAAAAGGGUGACAAUCCAUGCAAAUCCAUUUGCGAAGUGA